GCGCACACUGCGCGCAAGCCACGCGGCGUGAUGCAGUUGCGGGAGACGUCGAUCCGGUUGCGGUGUGUCUCGCACCUGACAACGACGGGUACAUGGUCCAAGACAACACCUCCUUCUCUAAGCCCGUCGGCCGCUUGUGCUGGGUAGAUCCGCUGCUCGCCAAUCAGCACAAAAAGGUCCGCGACGGGCUCAUCGGCGGGACGGAGCUGUCACACACAGUCCGCCUCCUCCACUGCUCCUUGUUGUCGCCAAACCAGGCGGAGGUGGUGGAAUCGUUUGAGCUAGAGUCCGCCCCUCCUCCUCCCGUCAUCUACGACUGUUACGUCGAGCUGGGCUCCUACAGCAUCAUCCCGUCGCUCUUCUGCGCGGAGCAGGCCAAAGAGGAUGAGGUAUCCGUCGACACGCCCACCAAGUGCUCGACGAUGGGUUUCCACGACAUAACAACACCACCAUUCAGGCCCUCUUCACCACCAUGUUGUGGCUGCACGCGCGAUCCUCCCGCUCGGUGCAGUCGUUGUCCUUGCGGCGUGUCGUCGGGAUCGCCCAGACGAACGUCUGACUCGACGCGAGCAUCCCGGUGGCCAGCUCAUGGAGCGGGAUCGUCCCCAGUGAGCACGGGCUCCCGAAGUACCCGUACACCACCGACCCUUCGUACUGGCCAUCGAGCAUCAGCUAUGUGCGUGCGGCCAACAUCGCCUGUCUGGAGCAGCUCGCCAUCGAUGCUACAGUGUCCGUGUGCACAACUCCCGACGCGUCGCUCCCCUCCUACAUCAACACAGCUCCAUCUCAGGUUUCCUGUAUACUGCAGUUGGUGAUGCCCAAGGAGGAGGUUCCGAGCACCUUGCCCAACAGGUGUUCGCUGAAUUGCUUCAUCAUCAUACAACGUUGUUUCUCGCCUUUAUUCCAUUGCAGCAGGGAUGCAGUGUCGCUCCCCAACCGUGUCGCGAGCAUCACCGACAUCCACAUCGAGGAGGACAGCCCUGUGUGCAAGCUUGUUGUUGAGAUCAUGGGUUUCUCAAUUUUUGUUGCACGACUUGGAUUACCAGGUGUUGACCUCAUCUCGUACAGGGAUAUGAUUAAUCAUGGGCAUCUGAUCACUGAAGCAAUUUCAAUACCUAUGAGCGGUGAUGCAGAUAAUGGUUACGAAAAUUAUAUGCAUGUUAAGAUGAGUGAAAGGAUUUAUUAACGCUGGUUUUGCUGGAGUUAUUGCCAUCUCAGUCAAGAACAAGGAUGGGCCAGAGGGGAUAUUUACCAACAGAAAAGCUGUCGAAGCCCAUCAGUUCACAAUGCAUGUGAAUUUUGAUAGGUUUUCUGUAGGCAUUUUGGUUGGUGAUGAGCUGGUGGUCACCGGCAUGGGCGCUGACUGUCAUAUUAUCACCUCCUACUACAGGUGGCCUUUUGGACAGACUGGUCAUUUCUCCCCAUGUAAUACCCACUUUGUAGGAAAAUUCUAAAAAGAGAAAUUAUAUUACUUU